AUGAGACGGUGUCUACCUGUUUUUGCCAAUUCCGUUUUCUGGAAUGAUUUCCCCUGUGUUCGCCUUGUAACCCUGAACCGUGAAAAGGCACUAAAUUCUUUAAAUGUUGAGAUGCUGAGGUCUUUAAGGCGUGCCUACAUGGAGGAACCUCAUUCCAAAGGGGAUGCUGCCGUCUAUGUAGUAAAAGGUGCAGGAGAGAGAAGUUUUUGCGCUGGUGGUGAUGCUAUCAGUGUCACCACAAGUGAUAGCUACAAGGAACUCUUCUAUACUGAGUACCAAAUCAAUUAUCAUAUGCUCACUAUGCCAAACCCGCAAGUUUCUCUUUGGAAUGGUUACGUUAUGGGUGGCGGUGUUGGUGUCUCUAUUCAUGGACGAUACCGUGUGGCAUCAGAACGGGCACUCUUUGCGAUGCCAGAAACUCUUAUUGGCAUGUUUCCUGAUGUUGGUGCUUCUUGGUUUCUUCCGCGUUUACCAUUUCGUGGACUUGGCCUUUAUCUUGGUCUCACUGGUGCACGCCUUAAAGGAGCAGAUGUGGUACACACUGGUCUGGCUACUCACUAUGUUCCAUCUGAGAAGUUUAAUCAACUAGAGGAAUCUCUCUGUCAAAUUGAUGAUCCUUCAAAGGUUGAACCCUCUCUUGAGGAGUUUGCGGUGAAACAAUUACCACAGUUCACACUGGAACCCCACUGUAAACUCAUUGAGGAUAUCUUUACAUUAAAGGAUACGACUACCGUGGAGGGUAUUAUUGAUGCCCUUUCUGCUGAUGGAAGUGAUUUUGCAAAGAAUGCCCUUGAUACUUUAAGUAAAAUGUCACCUACAGCUCUUUGCGUUGCAUUGGAAAUGCAAAGGCGGGGUGCAAAGAUGACAGACCCUGCGGAUGUGUUCCGAAUGGAAUAUGCGGGGGCCCUGAGAUCUCGCCUUAGCCAUGAUUCUCCUGAAGGUGUGAGGGCACUACUAAUUGACAAGACAAAGGAUCCCAAAUGGAAGCCGGAAAGAGUUGCAGAUGUUACAAAAGAGAUCGUGGAGAGUUAUUUCAAGCCAGUAGGCCCGGAAAUGCAUCAAUGGCAUCCAACUAAACCCUUUUAA